UAAAUUCGAAGACUAACGGAGAUUCUGAGCCAAAGAAAAUAAUUAUUAUUGUUAAGCAAGUGCUUAGCAUUAUAUUUUAUAAAUUAAAGAAAAGUUCACCGUAAUACUCAUCGAACGAAGCCGAAAUCAGCCGCAUCCAGCAACACGGUUACGGGGUGUGUGUGUGUAUGUGUGUUUGUGCUUGCCACUGAGAGCGUGUUAUUUAUCCAAUCAGAAAAAGGAUACCACAGCGCAUCACAUUACAGGAGGAGUGAAAAUUGAAUUCGGGUUAAAUUUGAAAUAUACGCCCUCAAAAUCGCUAUGGAUUUAAAUUUCGCCGAGUUAAAGAAGGAGGCAUCCAGCACCGCCGAGGACAUUUUUGGCAAUGCAAGCAAUGCCGUCGAUGCUGCCACCAAAAAGGUGAGCCAUACCUACGACGAACUGCUCGGUGGCAUUGGCGAUGGAAAUGGGAGCGGUGGCAACGUGAGCAGCGGGGCGCAGGACGAUAAUGCGCAUACCGAACACUAUUUUGCCAACGAGCAGAAAAAUCUCGAUUUCGGCGACCCACAGGCGUUCGUGCAGCGCAUGUCGGCCGGGGCGAAGGAGGCCCAGGAGCAGCUCGAUGCCAAGUUUGCACAGAAGACCAGUGAGUUGGAUGAUUUCCUGGGCCAGGCGGGCAAGGGUGUCAAGCAGGGUGUUAGCGACUUGACCAGCGACUUUAUGAAUGCGGAGCGCAGCUUCUUUGGUGGAGUCGCUCCAGCUCCAGCUCCCAAUUCAGCUGUAGCUCCAGUUCCGCCGCCAGAUGAUGAUGUUGAGGAUCUGCUGGGCAGCUUCAGUGACAAGCCAACCUCGCAGCAGCCGGAGCCAGCACAAUUUGCGCCCAGUGCACCGGCCAAGUCGAAUUUCUAUGGUGUCGAUGAUAUUCUGAACAAGUCCACGCCGCCACCAGCAACCACCGCUGCUGCCGUCGCGCCCAUUGUGGGCAACAAGGAUUCCGACACUGAUUCGCCGUCCGUUUCGUACACACCGUCGCCGGCCAAGAAACCCGUUACCGAUGCUCUCAAAGAGCAGGACAAUGAGCAGUUCAUAUCUUCCGAGGAUUUACUCAGUGAUUUUAAGGAGGAGCGCACAGCUACGCCACCAUUUACUGCACCACUGCAGCCGAUGUCGAAGGUGGCGACUUCAUCAGCCGCAGCUGUCGUUACUGAUUUGGAUGAUGAUGACAAUUUCGAGCCAACUUUUACGCCCAAAUCGGAACCGGCCAAGCCUGUGGCAGCACCCGUUGUGCCGCCGCCACAGGUGCCCAAAGUCGAGCCGCCCAAAGCCAAGCCAACGACUGCAGCACCACCACCACCACCCCAGAAGCAGCAGUCGCAGCAACCAAAGUCGCCGCAACCGCAACCAAAUAUUGUGUCUGUGGAGGAAAUUUUCUACAAGUAUGGCUUGGAUGCCUGGUUCAAGCCCGAACGUUUACAUCCGCAAGUGGAAUCCCUCAUCUACUGGCGUGAUGUGAAAAAGUCCGGUAUUGUUUUUGGCGCCGGUCUCAUCAUAUUGGUGGCCAUCUCCUGCUUCUCCGUGAUCAGCGUGUUUGCCUAUUUGUCGCUGCUGGCGCUCUUCGGCACCAUCGCCUUCAGAAUCUACAGAUCUGUGACACAGGCGGUGCAAAAGACAAACGAUGGACAUCCCUUCAAAGAAUAUCUGGAACUGGACUUGACGCUCUCACAGGAGAAGGUGCAGAAUUUUGUUGGCGUUGCUGUCGCACACGUGAAUGGUUUUACCGCCGAGCUGCGACGCCUCUUCUUGGUUGAGGAUCUGAUCGAUUCGAUCAAAUUCGGCGUCAUACUGUGGGUCUUCACCUACAUUGGCGCCUGGUUCAAUGGCAUGACUUUGGUCAUCUUGGCUUUCGUAUCGCUCUUCACCUUGCCAAAGGUCUACGAGAACAACAAGCAGUCGAUCGACACCUACUUGGACUUGGUACGCAGUAAAUUGACGGAAAUCACUGACAAAAUUAAGGUCGCCAUUCCCAUUGGCAACAAGAAACCUGUAGGUGCUGCCGCCGAAUCGGACAAGGAUAAGUAAAACAAGAGCAACAGCAGCAACAACAACAACAAAAAUAGCAGCAGCAACAACAACAGCAACAAAAGCAACAUGUUUAUUUAUUUAUUAAGCAUUAUUUGAAUGGUUUAAUAUUCAUUAAGCAUAAAUAAAUAAUAUAUUUAGCAGAAGCAGCAGCAGCAGCAAAUAAUUCUAUACUGCAAUUUGCCUAAAACUUAAGCAGCAAACCAACUUCAAGAAUGUAAUUUGUAAUACAAUUAUACAUAAACAAAAAAAAACUGAGACCCCUCGGUAUGUAAUGGCUUUCGCGAUUUUUGGGGCAACCAUAAAAGUCUUAGCAGUUCGUCUCUUUAAGUUCUACAAUUCUCCCAAAACAAAACGAACGAAUUUUUUACUCGAUAUGCAAAGUUUAUCAAAUUUGUACCCCCCCUUCCUACUCUUCAUUAAUUUUAAUUUGUUAGUUUAAUUUUUGAAUGCAUAAAGCAACAACAACUAGAAAUUAUGCAAAAAAAGUCCUAAACAACAUGUUUAUUGUACACCUUU